CGUGUUAUGGAAAGUCAAUCACUAUGUUAUGGAAAGUCAAUCACUAUAUUAUUUUUCUGUAUAUUUUGUAUUCUGUAUUCCUAUUUAGGAUUUCUUAUUUAGGAUUUCUUCCUAAUUAGUAGAACACAAUUAUAGGAAUCAAUUGUAUAUAUAUACCCAUGUACAGAUUAAUUGAAAUCAAUAAGAAUCAUCUCUUUCUACAUGGUAUCAGAGCAGGUCAUCAAUCUAGGGUGACUAUUUGUUCUCACUACCCAGCUCAGGAGAGACCUUGGUCGCCGACCGGCCGUUUCAACCCCGAUCAACAUUGCCGGCGUCGUCUCAACCCCCUCAUUCCACCACCGUGUGCUGUUGCCUGAUCCAGUAUAACCAUUAAAGGACUUCUGAGGUUUGGCUCUCAGAUCCUAUUUCGGUAUUUGCUUGAUUUGUGAUUUUGGGUUAUUUUGCUGCUAUAAGCACUUUGGAUUAGCGUUUCGGUUAGUUUUCUUUGUCUCAACAAAUGGCAGACAAUAAGAAUAUUAUUUCUGAUGUGAUUCCGGUGAUGACUAAGAUCACGGAACACAAACUUAAUGGUUCGAAUUACCUGGAGUGGAGUAAGACUGUUAGGGUCUAUUUGCGUAGCAUUGAUAAGGAUGAUCACCUUACUAAAGAUCCACCCACUGAUGAUACACGACAAACUUGGCUAAGGGAGGAUGCUCGAUUGUUUUUGCAGCUUCGGAACUCGAUUCAUAGUGAGGCCUUCCUUCAGAGUAUGAGACUGCUAAAUCUCAGAUUCUCUCCAGUACUGAGAUUUCCUCUUUGCAUGAAACGUUCACACGGGUCCUUCGUACAGAGAGUACUCAAUCUUCACAACCUGUAAGUAGUGCUCUUAUUAGCCGUAAUCCAAAUGGACAACAGGGUAAUAGAAGAGGAAGUAGAGGAGGAAUUACAGGCAACAGAAGUAAUCAGCGUAAUGGAGAGGCUAGUUCUAAUCAGGACUCAAGAGGAGUCAUUUGUUAUUAUUGCCAUGAGCCUGGCCAUACAAAAUAUAAUUGUCCGCAACUUCAGAGAAAAAAUCAGCGAUCACAGAUGGCAAAUAUGGCAGCAGAGAAUUCUACAGUAUCUUCCUCUGAGAAAACUAUUUUGGUAUCUGCAGAGGAUUUUGCACAAU